UCAUUUCUUUUUUGAUCUUGUGAGAAGUGGUUUGAAAAAUUUCGUUUUUGUUGGUAUUGUUGCUGAAUCUCGGAUUUUAUAUAAGAAAUGCUUAAAAAGGCUAUCUAAUUUAUUUUCUGCCCUUAGUAUUCAGAUGGUUUUAUUGUACUAAAUCACAACAGGUUUUUUCGUUGUUAACGUUAAUCGUUUUGCGCGGGAAGCUAGGGAGAUCAUUAAUCUGAUUGGAAUGAGACUAUACCCUAUUUAUAAUAUUUAAACAUGACUGACGCAUUGUGCCAUUUAGUUGUUGAUGGAAAUGAGGUAUUAGAAUUCAAAUUAGUAAGGAGUGUUGAAGAUAUAGAAUGUAAUAGUACAAGUUUUAGUUCUGAAAUGUGUCAUCAAGUUUUUGGAGAAAAUGAGAACAUUUUUGGCUAUACAGACCUGCGUAUCAAACUUUUCUACAGUGCAGGCAGCCUACAAACAUAUCUUGGUAUAGAGUAUACUGAUAAGAUUGAACCAAGUAAAGCUGAAGGACUGAAAGCAGAUGAUGUGGAAGGUGCCUUGAAAAAGGUUCUUGCUCCAGGAUUUGUGACAAACUUGGAUCAAUUCUUAACUUUGGUGGAGAAGGACAAGUCAUUCACCCCUCACGGCCGUCUUGUUCAUGCCUUCAGCGUGACUCCCGAGGGCGACAACCGGCGCAUGUUUGAGGUGUAUUACAGUGAGAUAUCAACUCCAGGCUUUUUGAGUUUCCAUGAGCGCCUGCAAACAUUCCUCUUGUGGUAUGUUGAUGCAGCCUCCUUUAUUGACGUUGAUGAUGAUCAGUGGAAUUUUUUUACUGUAUUUGAGAAGUAUGAGGCCAGUGAGGGUGGCCAUCGAUAUGCAACAGCUGCCUACGCCACAGCUUACCGUUACUAUGCCUAUCCGCGUAACUUGAGGCCUCGCAUCUCACAAGUGCUUACUUUACCCCCAUUUAGGAAGCUUGGCAUUUGUGCACAUCUGAUAAAGGCUAUCUACACCCAUUUCACAGUAUUACCAGAAGUAAUAGAUAUAACAGUGGAGGACCCAUCACCAGACUUCCAGAGAAUAAGAGACUAUGUGGAUGUAAAAAAUUGCGAGACUUUGCCCGCCUUCCAACCUGCCCAACUUCAUCAGGGAUUCUCACAAGAUAUGGCGAACCAGGCCCGCAGCAAGUUCAAGAUCAACAAGAAACAAGCGCGCCGCGUGUACGAGAUCCUGCGACUGAAACACACCAACACUUCCGACAAGACUAGCUACUUGAACUAUAGAUUAGAUGUAAAGAAUAGACUAAAUGCACCUUUCCAGAAAAAGAAACUAGAAAUGAAGAAGUUGCAAAGAGUUUUAGCGCCUGAAGAGUUCGCUGCGGCCGCUUCGGCGAGCGGCGCGCACGAGACGCAGGCGCGGCUGGCGGCGCUGUACGCGGCGCUCGAGCUCGACUACCGCCGCGUGCUGCACCGCCUCCAACUGCACGAGUAGGACUUACCGCGCUCGCUACGCCGGGAGCACUACGCUGACGGGGUGGGCGACAGAAAUGACCACUGCUUCGUGUCUAUAACAAUCGUGCUGCACCGCCGCAAUAAUGUCGAAUUCCUAUAGGCUGCUGUUGAUGGCAGCCAUUUGCAUAAAAUUUCAUUUUUGUACACUCAGUGGAGGCGCUUAUCAAAAUAAGUGUCAAAUUUAGCUCUCUUUCUUAGCUUUUAAAAAUUACUCCAAGACGAGCGGCAAUCGAAUGAAUAUUUGGUUCACCCAGUCAAUGCAGUGCUUUUGUAAGAACUACUAUACCACUUAUAAGCGUGUUAGCGGUGAGUCAAUCUAAGCUGGCGGGAAGGUGUGAUGUACGUGUGAUAAAUUUUGUGUAAUUGGUCUUGUCGUUCUGUUUCUAAAUUAUAUACCAGUUAGAUUACAAAUAUUAAAAAAGUGACAAUUUACAUUUUUCGAACUGAUAUAGGUUUUUUUUUCUCUGAGUUGGCUGCCGUUUUAUCCAGUAAAUUGUUAUUUAAAACUCUAAACGGCAAAAUUAGAAGACCCACAAAGGUCAAAACUUUGAAAAUAAUAAUUAAAAAAAUAAAAGUAGCAGGUGGUAUUUUUCCCCCCCCAAGUGAUUUUUCAAAUCGAAAAGAAAGAUGAUAAUAACACUGUAAUUAUCAUGGAAAUCCUGUGUUUUGCAAAAAUUGACAACCAAGGUGAAAGGCGCCAGCCCAAUCCGUUUUUGUAGUUUGUGAAGCCCUAUUAAAGAUAAUAUGACGUUUAUUUUAGACCAUAAAGUAAUAUUUUGAAAAAUAUCGAUUUGUGAUCUUAUUAAUGUGUAAAAUGCGCUCAUGAAAUUCGUUCAAAGUGAAUUGUUGUUUUUUAGAGUUCAGACUGGUAUUGGAAUUGGAACCUUAAAUUUUGUUACACUAACUUUGACUCACUUAUUUACUUAUUGAAUAUUAAAAAAUCCAGAAAUUAUCACUUUUGGCCAACUCAAAUUAAGUUAGUAAGUAAUAUAAUUAAUUUUUCAUCAUAAGUUUCAUAUAUUUUUUCAAUAAAUUUGUAUGGAAUCUAGUAUUGUUUUGUUCUAUGAGCGAAUGAGUGAUAACAAAGAGUAAAAACUUUUGUUUGAGCUUGAAAUGGUUCAUGUAACGUCUGUCAGAAUUGAAUUUUUAUAAUUAAACUUAUUGAAAGAGAAAAAUAAUUUUCGUUGCUGCUUUGAAAACUUUAUCAACGCUUCAACACGACCAAAAGGAAGUAAAUAAACAUAUAUAAAAUCAUGCAUCUUUUCUGGACGAAUAACCUUU